AUGUCGUUGAGGUCGAGUAUCUAUGAUUACAUGGAAGAGAAUGGGCGGACUUAUCAUGCGUUCAAUUCUGGGAAAUAUAUGUUGCCGAACGAUGAGCGAGAACAGGAUAGAUUAGAUCUUCAACACCACUCAUUCAGGAUAAUGCUUGAUGGAAAGUUGCACUUAGCGCCUCUUGCCAAUCCUCAACGAGUCCUUGACAUAGCUACAGGGACUGGUAUUUGGGCGAUUGAGUUUGCUCAAGAAUAUCCAGAAGCCGUGGUCAUCGGAACGGACCUUUCACCCAUCCAACCUGGCUACGUCCCACCAAACUGCCAAUUCCAAGUCGAUGAUGCAGAAGAAGAAUGGACGUUUCGAGAACCCUUCGAUUAUAUCCAUGCAAGAGCAAUUGUUACGUGCUUCAAGAACAACAAAACUAUGGCGCAGAAAAUCUUUGACGGUCUAGCGCCAGGAGGAUACUUUGAGUUGCAGGAUCCGAGUUUUCCGAUGAAGUGUGAUGAUGGGACGCUUGAGGGCACGGCUUUAGAGGAAUGGAACACCCUCCUAAUCGAAAGCAUGACCCGCAUCGGCCGCAACCUCCUCGACACGCACAACUGGGCGCAGCACCUCCACGACGCGGGCUUCAUCGACAUCGUGGAGCACAAACUGCUCGUCCCCGUGAACCCCUGGGCGCGCGGCAAGAAAAACAAACUGCUUGGAGCGAUCUCGCUGCAGAAUAUGACGGAGGGAGUCGCGAGCAUGAGUACGGCUGCUUUUACGAGGAUCUUGGGAUGGUCCCAGGAGCGGUUGGAGGUCUUUCUCGUGAGGGUUAGGGAUGAUUUGAGGAGUAAGGGGGUCCAUGCUUAUGGGGUGGUUUAUUUUAUUACGGCGAGGAAACCAUUGGAGUGA